AUGACACCAUCACAACUUAGAUCAAGGAUUAAAGAUGAAAAUUUCUGUAAAAAUAUAAUUAGUUAUCUUGAAAAUAUUAUUAAAGAAGAUUUAAGUUGGAUUAAUCCUGCUUUUGAGCAUCUAAUUUCAGUAUCAAGUGAUAUGGAAUCAACAAUAUUCGGAUCAGUUAGUAAUUGCAUUGAAGAUAAAGAAAAUACAAAACAUAAUUUAUCGGAUGAAGAUAAAGGUGAGCAAGAAUACUUUUAUAGUGGAAAAAUGUGA